CAAAAGUGAGCAUAGCCAAUAGUAAAAGAAGUCAACUAUAAUGUCUAGCCUAGUGUGUGGGGUAGUAGGUAGUAUCAGAGAACAUUGUUUUCUGCGUUCUCUGGUGGUUUGCCUACCAACCGGUUGCGUGUUUCUAUUUCAUUCAAGUGUGGUAUAUUUAUAAUUCACUGAGAUGAACAAUAGUUCUCGCAGUAACACGAUUAUCAUGGAUAAAGCAAAUAGUUUACAGUGAUAAGGAAUGACUUCGUGAAUGAUAACCUCGAAUCUCGUUAAAACAAAGAUGGCUGACCUGUCAAAUGUUCCACUUGUUGCAUUGUCGAUUGACACAAAAAUACUUAUUUCAACGCUCUUAAAUCCAACCAAGUGGUUACUAACAUACGAUGGAUUGCCAAGGGAUUGGCGAGGCUUAGCUCAUUUAUGGGGAAUCGAUGGAGAAAAAAUACCAUCCUUAUCUUCGCAUUCCGAUCCCACUGGACAACUUCUGAAUUUUUCAAAUGAAAAAAUUUCAUCUUGUACUAUCAAAGAUUUUGAAGCAAUGCUAAGCAAAAUUGACAGAUGGGACAUUAUCGACGAUGCUCACGCGUUAUUAGAAAAAGAUGCAGAACAAUAUGUCGAAAGAUUGGAGCGGUGCAAAGAUUCUGCAAAUGAAAUUCAAACCGAGGUGGAAAAGAAGAUUUUAACCAUGGAUGAUUUGUACCGGGUAAAACAGGGUAUGAAAAAUCAAUGCUAUGAUGCAUUCGUUUUGUAUGCCGAAGAGGAUUUGGAGUUCGUAAAUGAAAUGAUUCGAGUUCUUGAAAAACAACAUCAUUUAAAGUUGUGUCUAAAAGAUCGGGAUCUCAUGGGAGGCAUAGCAUUUGAACACGAAGCCGUUAUGCAGUUGAUUUCCGAGCGCUGCAAUAGGCUCAUCGUCGUUGUGUCGCCUGAUUUUUUAAAGAGCCCUGCCAAUACUUUCUUUUUAAAUUAUGCACAGGCAGUAGGCAUUGGAACUGGCCAAAGGAAAAUAAUCCCUUGUCUGUAUAAGAAAUGCUCAUUACCGCCUCAGCUUGCAUACCAAUUUAUUUUGGAUUACGGUAAAAAAGGCUUGUACGAUUUUUGGGGCAGGCUGCAUGCUUGUGUGCAAGUUAUAGCUCAGGACAACACUAAUAGUCCAUUGCCUACACAGCAAUCUUAUCACCUGGAGGAGGGAGUCUGUAGAAGUGAAACAAAUGUGACAUGUACAAACAUCACUGUAAACUCCCUUAAAAAAAUUGAUAGGCCUGUAUUCUCACCAGAUCUCGAUAAAAAAUUCGUGAAAACCGUGAGACCGAGAAAAUUAAGAGUUUGGCCAAAGUGUAAACGAGAGAAAAAGCGAUUGUGUUCGGAAAAAGAAAUUGAACCUGUGACAGAAACGGUUUCAAUCACGCUUAGUUUACCAUCUCUGGAUAAUCUUCCUCCUCUUGAUCCCGUAGAAACAGCAGCAGUGAACAACAAUACUACAAAAAAAAAGAAAAAUCUAGUAGGCACAUGUAUCAACAAAAUGCAGUCACUCUUAUCGAAGCAGCAUUAAGGUAAUUCUAUCGCUUCAGUUUAGUCAUAUCACUACUAAUACUUGAGACUUGUAGUAAUCAAUAUUAUUGACAUAUGAAAAAAAUAUAUUUCUAAUAGCUAAAAUUUUCCAUAUGUAAUCCUUUAAAUGAAUGUUUGCACUGAGUUAUAAAAAUGAAAAAAAGUCAGUCCGGCAAUUCACGUAGUAUCCCUAGAUUUACGUUUGGUAACACCGAUUCUCUUCGUCUUUUUCUACUCCACUACUCGUGAGUGGUCAAUCUUUUUUCCGUUGAUCUGUCAAAUUGAGAUUAGAACGACACUUAGCUGCUGCCCUGCUGUCAUGUCUCUUUUAAGUCAUGUCUAAGUUCAAAUUAAACUUAAUAUCCCAUAAAAAAUAAACCGUUAAGUGCAACUUUUUUUGAGAGUAUUAGAUUACUACAAGUGUUAAGUAUAUGAAUUGCAGUUUUUUUUCCAGGAUUUCAUGGAUUUUUUAUGCAAACAUACCCUUAAUAUCAAUCAAAAGUUGGGUUUUUGUAUGCCGUUUUGAAGUUCCUUCACGAAAACCUCACAAUUUUAAUAAUUAAUUUCUCUGAAAUUAGGUCGAUAACUGACUCUGAAAUUUUACACGGUUUUUUAUUAAAAGUUAUAUUACAGCAUACAUUUUUUUUUAAUCUUAUGAACUGAACCUGGCGAUAGGAUUACUUUAACUGAUUUUUUAAUAAAUCAAAUGUUACACAAUAAAUUAUUUUAUAUAUUUGUAUAUUUUGUAUAUUUGACGUUACAUUUAUCCUUUGAUAUGUACUGUUACAUUAAAAUAUUGUAAAUAUUAACUUCUGAAACGAAAAUGGUUGAUUUAUGGGUAUACAAUAAUAAAAAAAAACGUUUAUUUUUCCAACGAAGUUGUAGAGCCCCUUGACGAUACCAAAAAAAUGUAUUGUCCCGAGA